CUAUGAAGGGGAGAAAGUUCGUGGGCUGUACGAGGGAGAGGGCUUUGCAGCCUUUCAAGGUGGUUGUACCUAUCGGGGUAUGUUUUCAGAAGGACUCAUGCAUGGACAAGGGACUUAUAUUUGGGCCGAUGGAUUAAAAUAUGAGGUAAGGCAUAUAACCAGUUAUAGUUCUAAACUGUGAUUGUGGGAUGGAACGAUCAGUUUCCCACAAUUGAACAGACUGUCUUCAUAGAAGUCAUUCAGAACAAGGAUUAAGAAAAAUUCACAGAACCGGUCGGGUGCAGUGGCUCAUGCCUAUAAUCACAGCACUCUGGGAGGCCAAGGCAGGUAGAUCACGAGGUCAGGAGUUCAAGACCAGCCUGGCCAACAUAGUGAAACCCCAUCUCUACUAAAAAUACAAAAAUUGGCUGUGCAUGGUGGCAUGUGCCUGUAAUCCCAGCUACUCAGAAGGCUGAGGCAGGAGAAUUGCUUGAACUGGGACCCAGGAGGUGGAGGUUGCCGUGAGCCGAUAUUGGAUCACUGCACUCCAGCCUGGGCUACAGAUUGAGACUCUGUCAAAAAAGAAAAAAGAAAAAUUCACAGGAGCAAAGGAAGGAUAUAGUAACUCCUGACUGCAUGGGACCCAGCAGUAAUUGUUGUUAUUGGUUUCAUUUGUGUGAAAUUCUAGAAGUAUUCCAUGUGUUCUAAAAGCACAGAGCACACAAACGUGUGUGUGGCCUGUCCUUUUUUUUUUUUUUUUUUUUUUUAACUAAUCAGCUGCCAGCAAAUAUAAAGCAUACUUUACUUUGUUUUUUUUUUUUUGGAGACAGGGCUUGCUGUUGUGCCCAGCUGGAGUUCAGUGUUGCAAUUACGAUUCACUGCAGCCUUGAACUUCUGUAGCCUGUCUUGUUUUUUGCAGAUGUGCAUAGUUUACUAUACACUCUCUUUGGCACCUUUAUGUAUUUAUUUAUGUAGUCUGAGGUGGGGUCUUGCUUUGUUGCCCAGGAUGAAGUGUAGUGGUGAGAUCAUGACUCACUGCAGCCUCGAACUCCUAGGCUCAAGUGAUCCUCUCGCCUGAGCCUCCUGGGUAACUGUGACUACAGGUGUGCGCCACAGCACCCAGCUAAUUUAUUUUUACUUUUUUAUAGAGAUAGGGUCUUGCUGUGUUGCCCAGGCUGGUCUCGAUCUCCUGGGCCCAAGCGACCCUCCCACCUUAACCUCCCAAAGUGCUGGGGAUUACAGGCGUGAGCCACUGCACCUGGCCUGUACCUUUAUUUUUUUUAGAGUUCAACCCAUAUCCAUUCAUGCAGAUCUAACUGUUUUUACUGGCUGCAUGUAUUCCAUUAUGUGGCUUUUAUUUAACCUGCCUUGCAGGGUUGAGGGGACUGUGUAUUUUUAAACCCAUUGCAAGGACCAAAUUGUUCUCCAAAGGAUUGUAUCAGCUUCAAUUCCCACCCACAAAGUGAGUGAGAGUCUGAAAUGCUAAUCUAAAAAUCCCCAGUGCAGAGCUGCUCACAGAUGGUGUUUAUAAAUGGUGAUGAUGACAUUUAAAACACAUGCACGUAAUGCGCUUAUUCAGAUAACACCCGGGCUCUGAUGGAAAUGGAGUCAAGCUUGGGCCGCGAAACUAGCUGCAGCUGAUCAGUGAGUGGCAGGCUGCAGAGGAGCAGGGAGAGAGAGGGCUGGGCUGACCCUCACUGUCGGGGCGAGGAGGCUCUCCAAGUUCCAGGGAGCUUGAAGAUUGGGCCCCCACCUCAGAAUCAGGGCGACUUUGUGAAGAACGUCCCAAUGAACCACGGUGUGUACACGUGGCCGGACGGCAGCACAUAUGAAGGCGAAGUGGUCAACGGCAUGAGGAACGGAUUUGGGAUGUUCAAGUGCAGCACCCAGCCUGUGUCCUACAUAGGCCACUGGUGCAAUGGCAAGCGGCAAGGGAAGGGCACCAUUUAUUACAAUCAAGAGGGCACGUGUUGGUACGAGGGAGAUUGGGUGCAAAACGUCAAAAAGGGCUGGGGCAUAAGAUGUUAUAAAUCUGGAAAUAUAUACGAAGGCCAGUGGGAAGACAACGUGCGCCACGGGGAGGGUAGGAUGAGGUGGCUGACUGCCAACCAAGAAUACACCGGGCAGUGGGAGAGGGGCAUCCAGAAUGGCUUUGGAACACACACGUGGUUUCUAAAGAGAAUCCCCAAUUCCCAGUAUCCUUUGAGAAACGAAUACAUAGGAGAGUUUGUGAAUGGAUAUCGUCACGGACAUGGCAAAUUUUAUUAUGCCAGUGGAGCCAUGUAUGAUGGAGAAUGGGUUUUCAAUAAGAAACACGGCAUGGGCCAAUUAACUUUCAAGAAUGGGCGUGUGUUCAAAGGCGAAUUCUCCAAUGACCACAUAGCUGGGUUUCCAGAUCUCAAAGUUGAAUUCAUCAGCUGCCAGGACCUGUCUUCAGGAGUUGCCCAAAGAUUGUCUGAGAGUGCCGAACUGAUCAGAAAGCUUGAUGGCAGUGAAAGUCAUUCUGUGUUGGGAUCAAGCUUUGAGCUGGAUUUAAAUUUGCUCCUGAACAUGUACCCUGAGACAGUCCAACCUGAAGAAAAGAAGCAGGUAGAAUACGCUGUCUUAAGAAACAUUACAGAAUUAAGAAGAAUCUAUAGCUUUUAUAGCAGCCUGGGAUGCGACCACUCUCUGGAUAAUACCUUUCUGAUGACAAAGCUUCACUUCUGGAGAUUUCUAAAGGAUUGCAAAUUUCAUCACCACAAACUAACUGUUGCUGAUAUGGACAGGAUAUUAAGUGCCAAUAAUGACAUACCAGUUGAAGAAAUCCAUUCUCCAUUUACAACAAUACUUUUGAGAACAUUUUUGAAUUAUCUCCUGCAUUUGGCGUACCACAUUUAUCAUGAAGAAUUCCAAAAGAGAAGCCCAUCGCUCUUCUUGUGUUUUACAAAACUGAUGACCCAGAACAUUCGUCCAAAUGCCUGCCAGGUAAAAGGCAAUCUAUUCUGUGAGCAGCAGCGGACACUCUACUCUAUGAGUUACAUCAGUAAGUGCUGGGAGAUUUAUCUAGCUUACUGCAGACCCAGCGCGGCACCUCCCCAUGAGCUUACCAUGAAGACGAGACACUUCCUCUGGAUGCUGAAAGACUUUAAAAUGAUAAAUAAGGAAUUAACAGCAACUAAAUUUUUGGAGGUCAUAGCAGAGGAUAAUCCUUUCAUCUAUGAUGGAAUUGACAGCAACUUGGAACCUGAGCUGGUUUUCCUGGAAUUCUUUGAAGCGCUCUUAAGCUUUGCAUUUAUCUGUGUUACUGACCAAAUGACUAAAUCCUAUGCAAAUGUUCCAGGUGAUGAUGUGUCUGGAAAUAAAUAUGAAAAUAUUUAUACAAUAUUAAAUCAGGAUGCCCAGAACAAGAGUCCCAAGGAGGUCAUGAGCCACGAAUUGGAUGCUGCUCACUCUGACAGUGCCAAGUCGUCUUCCAGCAAGUUAGGACCCUGGCCUGAUAUUAACAAGAUAAGGAAAUCAGAGCCCAAGAUGAAGAAGUCUCUAAGUGAUGAAAGAACUUCCAAAAUGAAUUUUAAAUCUCCUGGAAAAGGGAUCACCUUUUUUUCAUCUCAGAGCGAGAAUUAUGAAAGACCCAAGGAUGAUCAAAAGGAAGAGUUCAACAUGUGGGUCAAUAACAUGUACGUCUUUUUCGUGAACACGCUCUUUCAUGCAUAUAAACGUGAAGAAGUGAUCAAGCAGAAAAUAAGGGAGAACAGGUUACAGAGCACAGCACAGGCCCAGCAACGGAAGGAGGAUGACAAACUGAAAGCAAGGCUGAAUAGCUUUAUCUUGAGAGAGGAAGAGGCCAAGAGACAAGACUAUGAGGUUGACAUCACUGUGAUCAAGGAGCCAGCAGACGUGUCGUCCUCUCACCUCAUCCUGGGCCCUCCCAAGGAGGAUGUGACUGUGCCCCUGUCAGCCAAGACCACCGCCAGCAAGAAGAAGAAAAAGUAGUGAGCCACAAGGACAUGCACAGAGGCUUUGGACGGCAGGUGCUGUGAGAUUUCCUGAGCAUUACAGUUCUGAGCAUUGUACUCGUGGUGUUUUAGAAUACCGCCUUGGUCCACUGCAUCUCAGCUUUCCUACAUGGCUGAAGUCAUGGGAGUUUGAGACCAGCCUAUAGUGAGACCCUGUCUCUACAAAAUUAAAAAAUAAGCUGAGAGUG